AUCAGAUAGGCCCAUCACUACCACACCUCAGCUUUUUCCUUGUCGCAUGCUUAGCUAUGGCUACCGAAAGGACCAAAAACUCCAACACUCCUACGCUUCAUGGUAUGUCUGCAUAUUCACAGCCGGGCUGUGGAUCUCUGUCUGAUAUCACACCGAUCCUCUUGACUCGAAUUGACGGAUGUUUGUUUGUGCACUGACGUCAUUACGCCAGAAUCAGCCAGAGCUGUGGAAGCUGAUGCGAAGAAUCCCUCCAUCGAUGGUGCUCCACCCCUAGCGAACCGCAAUGGCACCUUAAAGGAGGCUACAAAUGAGGGACAGUCUAAUGAUGAAAGUAAAUCCGGUGCACAUAGAAAAGCUGGCGAUGGGAUGAACUUCUCUGGAGAAUCACAACAAAGUGAUCAGACUACUACAACUAUAACCGCAUCGACUGAAAAGCCGAGCGAUGAGAGACAAUCCGAGCAGCAGAGUACUGGUGCAAAGCGUCAGCGGCGUGAACAUGCGUCAAGCUCGAUGCAAGCUGAUGCCGAGAAUUUAAGCUCCGAGCAUGCACUAGAGUCUACGCCAAAGAAACAGAAGACGAAGGAACAGCAUGUCGCCGUCAAGGACGAAGUGUCGGCUCCUUCAGUUACAAAAUCGAGUCAGCCUGCCAACGGGCCUAAGAGCUCAGCAGGCCGGCCAAAGAGGAGAAAGGACGCGCCGAAGAGGGAUAUUCCCACAGAUGGCAUUGGCAGCCGAACGCGGAGUCGUACCAAAAUUGCUCUUUAAUCAAACAUCACUAUCAGUAACUGAUCUUGCGGUCAUUAGGGCAAGUCUUCUACAGCUACACAGUGAUGAUCGUGUUGCACGUUGACCAGUCUUGAGUCUGCUACUUUUGUUCCUGCGUGAAAUUUGUGCCCAAAGUGUAUGUGGACAUGGCCAAUGUUAAGCAAUAAUCAACUAUUUGAACAGAGUACGCAAGCGGCUAGGGUAUGAAUUCCAAAAGCACCAUAAUCGCUGAAAAUUGCGCUAGGUAGCUUCCAUAGUUAGUGAGAAAGUGGUCAUUUCAUGGGUAGGUAUCAUUGCUACACUAC